CAACUCACACUUGACAGCUUGCAUUUGCGUCAAGUUGGUACUCGACACACGAGCGACCGAUCUCUUUAUCAUCCGGUCCUUGUCAAGUUCAGACUUGCUGUCUAACGUUUAAAGCAGUGCUUUCAAAAUGGUUACCGCCAAGAAGCAGAAAAAGGCUUUGGAGAGCAUCAACGCUCGUCUGGCUCUGGUCAUGAAAUCCGGCAAGUACUGCCUGGGCUACAAGCAGACCCUGAAGACCCUCCGCCAGGGUAAGGCCAAGCUGAUCAUCAUCGCCAACAACACUCCCCACCUCAGGAAGUCCGAGAUCGAGUACUACGCCAUGUUGGCCAAGACCGGAGUCCACCACUACAACGGCAACAACAUCGAGCUGGGAACCGCCUGCGGAAAGUACUUCCGUGUGUGCACCCUGUCGAUCACCGAUGCCGGAGAUUCCGAUAUCAUCCGUACCCUGCCGGAAGCUCAGGCCGCUCAGCAGUAAGAUGUCUGAUUUUUGGUUAAGGCAAUAUGGGAAGUUGAUUUUUAUUGAUAUUCAAUAAAAAAAAGAAUGUUUGCUGUAUAUGUCUAAAAACAACUGUUCAAGAACACCUGGAAUAAAGCGAUUGAUCUUCUGACGGAGGUCUCAUAA